AUGCUUAUUAUGAACGCAUCGGUUGAGUUGAGCUACAGUAUUUGCAACUUGGUCUCCUUGCCUGUAAGGAAACAUAAAACAUUUUUGAAGCUUCAGCUCUAGACUUGGCUCUGGAGAAGUUUUGGAGCCAUAUUUGGAGCCGUAGUGAACUCUAACCUUAAUAUUGACUGUAUAAUAGUUUAGGUCUUCUUCAUCUACGAUGGCUUUUGUAUUGUGGCCGCCGCCAAUCCAAUGCUUAAAAACUACCAAUGGACCGCCUACAUCGCGACAAGUUUACAAGGCUUCUUAAUCUACGUAUCGAUUGUCAUCAUUCCAAUUCAAUUUAUCUAUCGUUACAGUGUUAUCUGUAACAAACCCUACACUAGCCGUGGGCUUCUUAAAAUCUUCAUAAUCGGCGGUUUAUACCCAUUUGCCCAUGGUAUCUUAUGCUUUUACACCUUUACCGAGCCGGCACCGUUAUAUGAUAAGACUCUUGAGAGGAACCCGAUCUUGUCGACGCUGGAUUACAUACCACCUUACCGGGUUGGAGACAGCGUGAACUCACCGUUAAUGGCGUUGCACUUUGGUAAUUGCUUGUUGAUGACUAUUGCUAGCUACACCGUCAUUAUGAUAGUUUAUAGAAAGACGAAGACUGCUUUUAUCAAAAUGGAAGGUCAAAUGAGUGCACAGACGAAGAAGGUUCAGAAACAAAUGGAACGAGUCAUUUUUAUACAGGUAAGCCUUACCCUGCCUUUGCCUUACCUUGUUUUGUCUUGACCUAACUCGCUUUGUAUUGGCCUAUCUUGCCUUGCCCUUCAUUUUUAAACUUUCUGUUUCAGGCCUUGUUUCCAAUUCUGGUCCUAUUCGUUCCUGGCUUCGGAUUGCCUGUUGCCACUUUAUGGAAAUUCAAUUAUCGUUUUAUUGGUGAAUUUACUGUUUUGAUGCACACAACUCCUGUAUUCAACUCGUUUUCAAUCAUUUUAUGUGUACCGAGCUAUCGUCGCAUAUUUACCGACAUGUUCUGCAAUAACCACAACUCAAUUAGCGACUCGAGCUACAACACUAAAAACGACCACACUACUCGUACUGAUUCUGAUGUUUUUGUAGUUGCGUAG